AUGUCGAACGAUACGUCUCCACCGACAUAUGGACAGCCGUCAUCCGCCCUUGUAUAUGCGGAUUUGUCUGUCCAUCUCCAGCCAUGUCUUCUGUCGCAGUCAACAGGCAAGAAUCCGAGUCUAGUCUCAGCAGCGCCAACUGAUCUGAUCAUAUAUAGCCUGAAUGAAUAUCACGCCAUCCUCCACCGGAACAAAUAUGCCAUCCUCUACUUCUGCGAUUCCCACGAGCAAUGCGCCUCCCUCGAUCCCACCUACAACGACAUGGCGUCCACUGUCGCCGACGCGGACGACAUGAUCGACUUCUACAAGAUCAACAUCUCACAACACCAUGAUAUCUCCGACGCAGCGAUGGUGGAGAAACCCACCCUCCUACUCGUAAAAGAUGGCCGGGAACUCGAGCGCUUCUGUAAGCCUGUCCCGCAGCAGUUGGAGUACAUGGUCUCGCAGGCGCUGUGUGGGAUGACCAAGAUAUCGAUGAUCCCGUAUACGGAGAGAGAGGGCCAUGGGAAUCUGAUGUAUUGUAUCCCGGCGCAGAAAUAG